AUGGAAGAUCCUGACCGUUCGUAUGCCCAGAGACUCUAUGUGGCUAACCGAACACUUGUUUCAUCAUGCAAAAUGUCUUCUGUGAGCUUUUGCGUGACUUCACUGAAUGUAAGGAACUCCUACGAGUUAGUCGACAUAAAUUCCUUCGUAAUUAAUUUUAAUUAUUUUUUACCACAGCGGAGAUUCCUCAAAGGAUGCUUGAAUAGUUAAAAUGUAUGGAAAUUGUUUUCCAACGUUUAGAUAAAUUCCACGCCCUCCGUCCAUUUAUAGAGCGGAACCACUGAUAUGAUUUAGGACGGAAUGUAGUUAAUUCGAUCAUUAGUUUCCUCAAGAAUGCGACCUUCCAAUUGCGUAAUUCAAAAUUUUGCGUCGCCUGAGUAGUUGGCUCAUGAUUAUGUUUUUGUAAGUUUGAGAUAUAGCUGUUGGACUUUCACAUCUGCUUCAAGGACAUUGCAGAGGUAGGCUGCCAUAGUUGCCUAAUGUCUUAUACAACGUUUAAGGUUUAGACCACACACAUAACUAUGCUUCUGUCUAGGACGGCCUUAUGCGUAUGUUUACAUGAAGUGAUCGUGAGCUACCACACUGUAUGCAGGAAAGACCCAAUUACCCUAGAAGGACUAACAGACGAGCGCACAAAUGUACCUACGUAGUGACUAAAUGGAGGAAUUUAUUUCAGGAGCCGAAUCUGUUGUCAACCUAUGAAUCGUUGUCUCUGCUAGUCCAGUGUAUUCGUAUCCAAAGCCAUGGGCGUAACUUCAGACCGGAUCUUUAAAAAGGAAAGCAGGAUUUACGUAAGCCAAGAGCUAAUUUUAUUCUGUACAGAAGAGUUGACAUGUAUCAGACGACCCGGUGUAGUUUGUUUUAGCGAAGCGAAGAACGGAGGUUUUCAUGGGACUAUUUCGUUCUAAAGUUAAUAUCAUGGUUUUUUAGUGUUAUAGCGGGCGUCAUCGCUCCCUCCACAAUCUCCUUUGAAAAUAUCCUCAAGACAAACAGUCCCUUCCACGUUGCAUUGAUUACUAUAUUAACGCCUUUAUCAUUGGACUAAAUCAGCGUUUAUUCACCGCAACACUCAUCUUGCGCGUUAUUCUACUGAUGGUUAUGUACUUUGAAGAAUGUGUAAUAAGUGUACAGGGAUGUCAAAUCUUGGGUAAAACGAAAGUUAUUAGCAGUGACCAGCGUCAAAAAGGAUGCGUUAGGCACGUCUGAAGCCUCUCAAACGCUCAAGCAACGUAUUAGACAUUACGGACACAUUGUUGGUGGGAGCAGCUACUAAAGAUGUUUUCGCAUCAUUGAAAAAGGCGUGUACACGUGCGCUGACAUGCCGAACAUACAGCCAUGCUGCGCCUUUGUUGAAACUGAUGAUAUGGAUGAUCGGUUUGACGCGAAUGACCAAUAAAUGGAUUAUAGCAAAUAGCAGUUCUCUGAGGCGUGUCCGAGUGACAUCGGGAUGCUUCUGUAUACUAUCACCAUUUUAAUAAUUCUUAAAACCUGUUUUCAGCGAACGCCGAUUAAUCCGUCAUCCUAAGAGAAGUUGGCAACGCCUUCGUAGAGAAAACUGUGCACAUUGUAUACUAAGUUUUAUUUUAAUCGUAUGUUGAGUGCUGGUCAAGGGCGCAGUACCCAUAUAUUGGGGUGUAGGGGUGUCAGCGGUGGGUUCACGUAAUUAUCGUGGUGGUCGCUCACUUGCUUGCAGGUGAGACUGCGCCCAGCGUCCACUUGCUGGCACUCAACUCUCACCUUUGGCUCCACGUAGCUGGACUCUGCUCAGCGGCCACACCCCGGGCAACCGUCUCGACCGGCGGGCUAAACCAGGUGAGGGGGCCCUGUGCGCUGUGCCGUGUGCACAGGGUUUGCGGAUUCCGCUGGAUGGAAGGUCGGAUGAAACCUUGCGUCGGCACCGUCAUGACGUGGUUCGUCUCUGCACACCGCUGGACAGCCGGUGACGGGAUGGAUCUCCACAUCGACAUCGCAUUGACGCGCCCACCUACGCCGUUGGAGACAGCGGCUUACGGCGAAUUCGAGUCGCUCUCCACUACAACCCGAAGUCGUGGUCCCAUAGUGGAGUUCGGCCGUGCCACAACGGCACAUGGCAGCCCUAUUCAGGGAUGGCACUGCCAGCCCCCACGAGGGGAAGGGCCUAGAAACGGUGGCCUAAACAUUGCUGGGUACCACGCCGUCUCCAGGCCAGCCAGGGCCGCAGACGUCUAAUCAUGGUCGAAACAAUCAAAAUCGAAACAACAACAACAAUGCCAAUAACAACAACAACCAUACUCCUUCUCCUCAUCCUACCUCUUCUACCUCUUCCUCUGCCUAUUCUUCUCCUUCGUCACCUUCUUCUCCAUCUCCCUCCCGUCGCCCCACUCGUUGUCACCAGACUGGCAGGGUGAGCCCGCUCACUCUGGCAGCCUGGAAUGUUCAUUCCCUUUUAGACAAUCCGAGGAGCAACCGACCGGAGCGGAGGACGGCGCUAGUUGCACGAGAACUGGCACGCUACAAGGUGGAAAUCGCCGCACUCAGCGAGACCCGACUCUCCGAAGAAGGCCAACUGGAGGAGGUGGGUGUCGGCUACACCUUCUUCUGGAGCGGUCGACCCAGGGCAGAGCGACGGGACGCGGGUGUCGCCUUCGCCAUUCGGAACGACAUCGUGGGACGACUGCCCUGUUUGCCGCAGGGCAUCAACGAUCACCUGAUGAGCCUCCGCCUGCCUCUCUGGGGAGGCAAAUUCGCCACCAUCAUCAGCGCCUACGCUCCGACGAUGGCCAACCCCGACGCCGUCAGAGACAAAUUCUACGAGGACCUGCACGCCCUCAUGGCGACUGUGUCGAAGGCGGACAAGUUGAUUGUCCUUGGUGACUUCAACGCCCGCGUCGGCCCAGACCAUACUGUCUGGAGAGGAGUGCUGGGUCUCCACGGUCUCCGCGGCUCAAACGACAAUAGUCUGUUGCUUCUCCGCACCUGCGCAGAACACCGCCUCAUCCUGACGAACACCUUCUUCUGUCUGCGGGAGCGAGAGAAGGCCACCUGGAGGCAUCCUCGGUGGCGUCAGUGGCACCUGCUGGACUAUGUCCUCGUCCGGAGGCGAGAUCAGCGGAACGUGCUGGUGACGAAGGCGAUCGCGGAUGCUGACGGGUGGACCGACCAUCGCCUCGUCAUCUCGAAGAUGCGUAUUCGCCUACAGCCUCGGAGGAGACCACAAGAUAAGCGACCCCCAGGUAAGCUGAAUGUUGCCUUGUUGUCUUUGCCCGCUCGCCAUCCUCAUUUCAACAAUGAGCUAGCUCAAAGGCUAGACAACCUUCCUAUCGCUGCCGCCGACGACGCCGCCGCUGCCGAGAACGCCUCCGUGGAGAACCGCUGGUGUCAACUGCGAGACACGGUCCAGUCGACGGCGCUCGCCGUCCUCGGUCGUGCUCCCCGCCAACACCAGGACUAG